AUGCGGCGGUCAUGGUUGAACGACAUCCACUCGCUGAACUGGCGAUUGAUAUUUCUUGUUACGGUGCUUUUUAUGGGCUUUUACCUCCUUAUCUUUGACGAUGCCCAAGCCCCUCGGUCUCCACCACCGAUACCAACUACCAAAGGAAAUAUAGAACAGGAUUUUAAUGCGCAGGCGCAGUAUGAUAGACCUGAACCUGAACCUCAACCGACGAUCCAAAUUCCUCAUCCAGUUUUAGGAGACAAAUAUGACUCUCCCCUUGAUGCGGUACCUGGGCGCGUGAGACCUGGGGGUGAGUUUGGGACGGAUAGCCCAGUUUUGGAGCACGUCGAGGAAUCACAGCCAGAGACUGAGGAAGAUUCAGAAUCAGAGUCAAACGAUGAGCCGAUGCAAGGAGAAGAAGCCACAGAAACACCAACCGAGUCGACCCCACAAUUCGGAAAUGGCAAGGGGAGUCAAGAUAAUAAAUCACCAGAAUCACUUGAACCUACACCUAUAAAUCCUUACCUUCAAAGUACAACUACUUCUCCUUCUUGGACGACAUCGGUCUGGCCAUAUCAAACGCAUUUCGUCCCGGAUACGGUCACUAGCUCGACAAAAAUUGCAGUUCCAACUCCGGUGUCAGGUACUGGGGAACAUGAGGAAGGGAAGGAGAAAGAUUCUGGGCAUGAUAGUGUUCAAAGUAAUGAUGGUCUUACGGCAGAGCCAGGGGACUUUUACGAGGACUAUACAUUCCCAGAUUCGUCUUCUUCGGGUCUUGAUGAGAAUUUACACUCAACUUCCACAACAGCCUCAGAAGCAGCGGAAACUUUCCAUCCUUCAAUCGAUGAAUCUGGCCAUGCUCAUGAUAAUACAACUAAGCUGGGCGGUGAAGACGACUUGUCAAACAACCCUCUACACACCCAAAAGAAAUCAUACGUAGCAAUCUGCGCCGCCCUAAAAGAUGUCCCCCAAGACCUCCCCGAAUGGCUCAUCCACCACUACCACCACCUCGAAAUCCGCACCUUCUACAUCAUGGACGACGGCUCUUCACCCCCUCUCUCCACCUUCCCCCUCCCACCUUCCAUCCCCACUGAAUCCGUCAUCUUCGACUACCAAGACCCCACCCAACGCACCGACGGCAACAGCCAACAACUCACCAUCUACAGCCGCUGCAUCGAGAAAUGGGGUCAUCUGCACACCUGGAUGGCCUUCCUCGACGGUGACGAAUUCCUCGAGCUCACCUCCCCCUCCGAAACCUUCCCCCAGCUCCUCGCCUCCUUCGAACACAUCCCCAACGUCGGCGCCCUCGCCGUCAACUGGCGCAUGCACACCUCCUCCGGUCUUCUCACCCGUCCCGAGAGCGUGCGCGCCGCUUUCGUGGAAUGUAUCUGGGAUGGUCCGGGGGAUGGUCCGGAGGAUCAUAAUAAACAUGUCAAGAGCAUUGUGCGCACGGAAUUCGUGGAGGGGCCGCGGAAUCCGCAUCUUUGGGCUUUGAAGGAUGGACGCGUGACGGUGGGGGAGAAGGGCGAUGUGGUUGAGAGUGAGGCGUUCCGGUUGCCGAUUUCGAGGGAGAGGAUUGCGUUGCAUCAUUAUGCUGUGAAGAGUCGGCAGGAGUAUGAGGAGAAGAUGGGGAGGGGGAAUGCUAUGGAUGAUCCUAAAGGAGAAUUCUUCUGGGAUAGCGUAGAACAUAGACUUCCCAAGGUUUCGUGUCCGGAAAUGGCGCAGUAUCGUCCUUGA